GGAAAUAUGAAUUGGUUAUGUUUUGGUGAAAUCGAUUGUGGUCGACAACCACUCCCAUCCCGUCCAACUUUGACUUUAACAAUUAUUUUAUUCACGUUCUUUGAAUUUAUUUUUUUAUCAUGUGUAAAUUCGUAAAUAUACCAUUGUUUUUAUUCUUUAUUUCCGUCUUCGUCCCAUCGGGCUACACGAUCAAGUGUUACCAGUGUGCAUCAUCAGAAACCAAUGAAGACAACUGUGGCGCUUAUGAAAAAUUCGACACCGACAGACACAUUGCUGUAGAAUGCAACAGCGACGAAUCAAACGUACCUGGCACGUUUUGUAUGAAAGUAACCGAACAAGGUCAAAAAGGUUUUAUCUGGGAUGGAAGGUGGAGACAGGUGAUACGACGUUGUGCUUCAGUAGCGGACACAGGGGUUUCAGGCGUUUGUAACUGGGGAGUACGGGAAAACGGCGUCUACUGGGAGGAAUGCUAUUGCUCGACAGAUAGUUGUAACGGUUCAGCUACUGUCAGUAUUAAUAAAAUGUUUUUAAUAACAUCAAUCUUUGUUGCAAUUUAUUAUACAUUCUGUUGAUAUGACAAAAUAAUUAUUUCUAUUUCAAAAAUUUUCAAUAACAUGAAAUUUUUCAAAGAAUUAACAUUAUCUAAUUUUGGAAUCUCUUUAUUUUUAUUUUUUUAAUUUUACUCUCACUUUAUAAUAAUGAUAGUUCCAAGAAAUAAGUAUAAUUUUAAUCAAAUGGGACACAUCUACAAAUCCGAUAUUUUUCCCAAUGUAAAAUUAUAAAAAUGUUUUUAUCCAUUAUAUUUAAAAAGCCAUCCAUAUAAAUGUGUAAUUUAAGUUAAUUACAUUAGUAUUACAUUGCCUUGUCUAUUUUUAUACCGUGAAUAAAAUUAAUUUAUGUGUGUUAAUGUGCAAGUCCAAAGCAAAAUAAAUAUAUUUAUAUUUAAAAAAACCGUCCAUAUAAAUGUGUAAUUU